UUUCCUGAGCAGCUUCACCAUGAAGGGGCUGCUGAUUCUGAGUGCCGUGUUGCUGGCUGUCUUUGCCAAGGAGGACUUUUCUGGGCACCAAGUGCUCCGAAUCUCAGCAGCUGAUAAGGCUCAGGUAGAGAAGGUGAAGGAGCUAGAAGAUCUGGAUCAUCUUCAGCUGGACUUCUGGCGUGGUCCCUCCUCUCCCUCCAGCCCCAUCGAUGUCCGUGUGCCUCUGCACAGUGUCCAGUCUGUCAAAUCAUUCCUGGAGUUAAAUAAAAUCAACUAUAACAUCAUGAUUGACGAUGUGCAGCUGCUGCUGAACAAUGAACAUCGACAGAUGCUUGCCACCCGGUCCACGGCACGUUCCACAGACACCUUCCGUUAUGAUGCUUACCACAACCUGGCAGAGAUCUAUGAAUUUAUGGAUCUGCUGGUGGCUGAGAACCCAAACCUCGUCAGUAAGAUUCAAAUUGGCAAGAGUUUCGAGGGCCGUCCCCUCAAUAUUCUGAAGUUCAGCACUGGGGGUAACAAUCGCCCUGCCAUCUGGAUCGACACUGGUAUCCAUUCCCGGGAAUGGGUCACCCAGGCCAGUGGAGUUUGGUUUGCUAAGAAGAUCACUGAAGACUAUGGCCACGAUGAGACGCUUACUGCCAUCUUGAAUUCUAUGGACAUCUUCUUAGAGAUUGUCACCAACCCUGAUGGUUUUGCCUAUACCCACUCCACGAACCGCUUGUGGCGUAAGACUAGGUCCAUUACAGCUGGAUCCAAUUGUAUUGGUGUGGAUCCCAACAGGAACUGGGAUGCUGCCUUUGGAGCGCCUGGAGCCAGCAGCAAUCCCUGUUCAGAGACGUACCAUGGCAAGUUUGCCAACUCAGAGGUGGAGAUCAAGUCCAUCGUAGACUUUGUGAAGAGUCAUGGGAAUAUCAAGGCUUUCAUUUCCAUCCAUAGUUACUCUCAACUUCUCCUCUAUCCUUACGGAUACACCACGGCCCGGGCUGCCCACCAGCAAGAGCUGGAUGAGCUGGCCAAGGCUGCAGUGACCAAGCUGUCUUCUCUGUACGGGACCAAGUACAAGUAUGGCAGCAUCAUCACCACAAUCUACCAAGCCAGUGGUAACACCAUUGACUGGACCUACGAUGCAGGCAUCAAAUACUCUUUCACCUUUGAGCUCCGGGACACUGGACGCUAUGGUUUCCUGCUACCUGCCAAAGAGAUAAUCCCAACUGCCCAGGAAACCUGGCUGGCUCUUAUGACCAUUAUGGAUCAUACCCUGAAACACCCCUAUUGAGUUAUUCUUGAUUCCUGCUCUGUAUCCAAGAGAGACAAAUAAAGUGACAGGAUGUGUGUGUA